GUUGUCCGAGGCCACAUUCUGACUGUCAGAGACAGAGAGCAAAGCUCUGCCGCACCCUUUCUCUACCGCGCACAGGUAAACUGCGGCCAAACGACCAAAGUCACUCGAAAGUCACAUUUGGAUUGUAAUUUUUGGCCAAAUGUAUGGAUUAAACAAAGACUAAACUCGUGUCUGGAAGCGGAUAUGAAGGAAUAGGCGCUAAAGCAAGACUAAGGCAGAGACUGAGGCAGAAGGCAGAAGGUGAGGGACUGAGGCAGAAGGUGAGGGACUGAGGCAGAAGACCAAAGAGAAGGGACAACGUCUCAGCCCACACACGAUUGGAGGAGAUAGACAUCAAUCAAACUGGACGCCGUCCAUUCCCUCCCACCCCUCAUGGCGAGACCACCCCCAACCCACCAAUAGGGCGAGUCCCAUCCACACGAAUCCCCGCCACCACUCAUCCGUCCGGACAAUCCAAUUGGUCCCCCUCACUCCACUUAACUCCUGCCCACUCUACGCUCCACCCCAUCCACCCCCUCUGAUUGGUCAAGAUGGACAAGUUGACAGACGAUGUCCCCGGGUGCUACUACAACCGUACAGUGCAGUUCUUCUACGAACAAAGUGGCAAGAACAUCAGCGCCCACUGGCGUCCUCGGGACUACGUGGUGGUGAGCCUGGGCAUGGGUGUGUCUGUCAUCGUCAUCCUGGCCAACAUCCUGGUCAUGGUGGCCAUCUUCAUCAACCGACGAUUCCACUUCCCUAUCUACUAUCUGCUAGGCAACCUGGCGGCAGCAGACCUGUUCUCAGGUAUCGCCUACCUGCACCUGAUGUUCCACACUGGGCCCUGGACCAUCAAGCUGUCCAAGAACCAGUGGUUUGUACGCCAGACCCUGAUCGACUCCAGUCUGACAGCAUCGGUGUUGAACCUCCUGGCCAUCGCCUUGGAGCGCCACCAGACCAUCUUCACCAUGCAGCUCCACAGUAAGAUGACCAACCGCCGCGUGGUGCUGCUCAUCGCCCUUAUCUGGGGCCUAGCCAUCUUCAUGGGCCUGGUUCCCACCAUGGGCUGGCACUGUCUGUGUGACCUGGAAAACUGCUCCACCAUGGCCCCCAUGUACAAACGCUCCUACCUGGUGUUCUGGGCUGUGCUCAACCUGUUCACCUUCUCUCUCAUGGUGGCUGCCUACACCAGGAUCUUUGUGUAUGUCAGACACAAGAGCCAGAGGAUGUCUCAGCACACCAGCCAGAUACGACACAAGGAGACUGUGUUCAACCUGAUGAAGACGGUUUCUAUGAUCCUGGGUUGUUUUGUGAUCUGCUGGACCCCGGGCCUGGUGUUGUUGAUGUUGGAUGGUCUGGGCUGUGAAUCUUGUCAGGUGCUGCGUUAUGAGAAGUACUGUCUGGUCCUGGCUGAGUGUAACUCCCUUGUCAACCCCAUCAUCUACAGCUUCAGAGACACGGACAUGUUACAGACCUUCAAGCGGAUCCUCUGCUGCCUGUGUCGCCGCGGCGACGCCGGCCGCAAAGACACGCUGUCCGGCAUGCGCUGCAACACCCUGGAGCAAGAGCCGUAUGAGAAUGGUGAUGCGGAGCUGGUGGAGAAGACCAGGGGAGCACCUCUCAUCCUGAAGGGAACAGAGGACAUGAUGACGUCCACAGAGAGCUGACACGAGCAUACACACACACACACACACACACACACACACACACACACACACACACACACACACACACACACACACACACACAGUGUGUGAUUAUUUUGGGGGGAGUUUCUGAAUCAUGCUAAAUGUUUUUAUUGUAUAAUGUGAUGUUUAGUUGUAUUGAUGAAAAAUGUUGUUUGUAUGAUACUGUAUGUUAAAGAAAACAUGACUACAGUUACCUACAGGCACGGACGUUUCUGUUUGAAACAACUUUAUUGACAUUGUCCCAUAUACACUCCUCAGAUAUGUGUUGACGUGGUCUACCUGAGCAGUCAGCUCAGUAGGAAAGUCUUCAUUACAAUCAGAACGGAAUAUUUAUUACUUUUUAUUUUUCAUUUGACAUUUUAUUUAUGCAUUUUUUGUUGUUGAUCUUACGAGAAUAGUCUGCGCUGAGUGUAUACAGUGAGGGGAGAGGUGUGUGUGUAGGGGUUGGAGAG